CACAUACACAACACACUACAUGAGAUCAAAAAUGGCUUGGUUUAUUAUAGGUAAUAGCUGAAUAAAAAAAUAAAAAUAAACAAAUGACAACUAAUAUUGUCUAGUUUUAGAAAAAUAACUAGAAAAUAAAUCACGAUUCAGUAAAGUGAAUGUACAUUUACUUAAAAUUAUUUUCACACAAAAUGUGUUAGUUUUAGGAGUUUUGAACAUUGUUGUAUGCUACUUGACCCACUAUUGUGAAAUAUUCACCUGGCUUCCACAAUGACUAAAAUGUCGGCAUUGUGUAACAGUCUGAUAAAAUGGAGUGCUUUUUCGACCGGGUUAAUUGCAUUUUUAAUUUACGCUCCUAUUCCACCACACUCUACUUUUUCUGAAACAUUCACCUUUGCUCCAAACCGACCUCUGACCGAGAAGCUUGGCCUUGAAGAGAAACUCGAUAAUGCCGAAUUGUGGCAUAAAGGCGACCUCUUAGGUCCAGAAACUUUCUCAGAUUACAAAGGGGAAUUAUAUACGUCUUUGUUCACCGGCGAAGUAGUUAAAUUUAAAAAAGAUGGAUCUAUGGUAACAGUUGUUAGAACAGGCCAAACUUGCAAGGGGGAAUUCGAGGAGAGAAUUUGCGGGAGAAGCAUGGGAAUAAAGUUUGAUCGAGACGGUAGUAUGUUUGUCGCCGACGCCUAUUAUGGGAUUUUUAAAGUUGACGUAGAGACAGGAGAAAAGGUAAUGCUUAUAUCUCCGAAUGACCCGAUUGACGGUAAAAAUCCUAAAUUGUUUAACAGCAUAUCUUUGUCAAAAAAUGGAGAUAUAUAUUGGAGUGAUUCUUCGACAGAAUUUAAUUUUGAAGAUGUUGUUUAUGACAUGCUCUCUGAUCCAUCAGGAAGAUUAAUUCACUACAACGCAAAAUCAAGAAAAAAUACUGUAUUAAUAAAUAAAUUAGCAUUCGCAAAUGGGGUAUUUUUAUCGCAUAAUGAAGAGGUCGUUUUGGUAGCAGAAACUGGAAGAAACAGAAUUCAUAGAUACUAUCUUAAAGGGCCUAAAAAUGGUACCAAAGAUAUAUUCAUCGACGGAUUACCAGGUAUGCCUGAUAAUAUCCAGUCAGAUGGCCAAGGAGGAUAUUUAGUAGCACUUUACAUGGCUGUCGAUGAUAACAAUCCUUCUAUUUUGCAAAUACUUGGAGAUAAACCUACAAUUAGAAAACUUUUAGCAAAAGCGAUGGGUUUAGUAGAGCUUGUAUUUCAAAUAUUUGAUAACAUUUAUUCCACACAGUUUUUUCAGCGAGCCAUGCAUUUUAUUGGACACUGUAAUUCUAUUUAUUUUCUUGCUCCAUCAAGAGCAAGUGUUCUACAUAUAUCCAAAGAUGGUGAAAUUUUGGACAGUUUACAUAAUCUCAAUAAACACAUCAGUCUGCUUUCCGAAGCGUAUAUUUUUGAGAAUAUGCUUUACCUAGGAACGCCUUUUAAUGAUUAUAUUGCUAGAAUACCUUUAUUCAAAAUUGGGUGGAAAGCUUUAGAAAGGACUAAAGAAGACCAAAAUCCAAAAUAAAACAGAAAAUAUUUCUAAAUCUCUUUUCCUAAAUAAAUUUUUAAUUUAUUUACUGUUUUUAUGGCCUAUCUAAUUGUAAUGUUAAAAAUAAGUUGUUUUAUUGUUUGAUAUAUAAAAAAAUUAUGAAAUAUGUGUGUCG